GCGGUGCCCAUGGCGCCCUCAGGCUCUUGCGGCGGCUCUCUGGGCCUUCUGCUGGCCUGGCUCCUGCUCCUUCAGCCCUGGUUCAGUGAGGCCAGGAAGGUUGAGGAGGGGGCACCGGGGGGCUCCACGCUGCCCUCAGCCUCUCCUCUCCCCUCAGAAGGCAGCCGCGAGGACCGGCUGAUAAAUAUCAGGACUCCGCGACCUCAAGGGACUCUGGGAUCCCCGGGCAUGUCCCCCGACUUAGUGACAGAAGACUCCCAGGCGUCAGCUACAGAACCAAAGGCCGUGGGAGCACCGCCAUUUAUUUCAGGAUGUGGCCAUAAGCACUUGAGGAUAGUUGGUGGAAGGCCAGCUACAGACACGAAGUGGCCCUGGCAGGUGAGCCUGCAGGUCAAUAACAAACACAUAUGUGGAGGCUCCCUCAUCGCCAAGCAGUGGGUGCUGACCGCCGCCCACUGCAUAUUUAGCGAAAUGGAAUACACGGUGAAGCUGGGAGAUGUGUGGCGUACCUCCAGAAUGGCACUUGUCGUCCCGGUCAGAGACAUCGUGAUCCACCGGUAUUUUGGUUCUUCGACAACAGUCCAAAAUGACAUUGCCCUUGCUUUCCUUGACUUCCCUGUGAAUUACUCCUCUCACAUCCAGCCUGUGUGCCUCCCUGAAAAGACUUUCCUGGUGCAAGAUAAUAAAGAGUGCUGGGUGACUGGAUGGGGAAAACGAAACGAAACAGAUAAUGCAAAAGCAGCUCCCCUGACUCUUCAGGAGGCUGAGCUAAGUAUUAUUCGCCAUGAGAAAUGUAAUGAGCUGCUCAAGAGAAAGUUGAAAAGCAAUGCUGAUUUAGUCAAGAAAGGGGCUAUCUGUGGCUACAGUGAACAAGGAAAGGACACUUGCCAGGGAGAUUCUGGGGGGCCUCUGGUCUGUGAAUUUAAUAAGACGUGGAUCCAGGUGGGGAUUGUGAGCUGGGGUAUUGGCUGUGGUCGUGGAGAAUAUCCUGCAGUUUACACAGAAGUUAGUUUCUACAAGGACUGGCUCAUUGGUCGUCUAAAUCAGGCUUACUCUCAGAACUCAACAGGUUUCUUCAUCUUAAGCCUGUGUCUGGUGUUGCCCCUUGGCAUUCUGGCAACCCUGUGAUGAUCUGCCCUCCUGCCUUCCUCUUUCUGAGUUUUCCCCUAAGCCUCUUCUCCGACCUCCCACACUGCAAUGCCCUUUCCUCAAAUUCCGGUUGGGAUGCACUGACCCCACAAGAUCCAUACAGUAGAGUGGCAGCAAGAUCGGAGUCCGAAAAGUAUUCCUGCCUGGCACUCCAGUUGCCAGCCCUUGUCAUGCCUACUCCUUGGCUGUGCUCUACCUGUCAGGAAGGAGGGUACAACCAUCCAGCCAGGGGGUCAGCCGGCCUUCCAGGGGGAGCAUGAUGCUUCAUGGACAUCUUGGAGUACAUCUACCAAAGAACAGACAUCACCAGCACUAGACUUGGUUGUGGUUUCAGGACUCUCAAGCCGAUCAGCUUGGUGAUUAUUCAGAGUGAGUUAGGAGGCCUCGAAUGUCCCCGCUGAGGGGUAACGCCUGGGACCUGCACAUCUGACUCGGGUGUCUUGGACCAGGAGAAGUUCCCUGUGCUCAGUAUGGAUCCAUCAGCGAGCAGCCAGCCUCUGCCACACUAGCCCUCCUGGGGUAGCCCCUUGUCGGAACCCCCUUCCCUAGUGCCCUAUUGGCCACAUCCGGGCUCACCCCAAGUUGUGUUGAGAUUGUUAAGAAGUGCAGAGAUUUCAGAUGUCGUGAAAUAAUAUUAUGUCAAAAUAAAUGU